CCAAAAAAAAGUUUUAAUUAAACUCUGGUUUUUUUUUUUGAUAAUUUGUUUUCCCCCCUUCCAAACACCUUCUUCCCCUGUUUUUUUUUUUUAACAAAAAUGGCGUCUGAAUUGAUUCAUAGGAACCAGACAACCCAAAAAAGUUCGCCAAAUAUCAGUCCUGGGACCCCUUCAUCCCCUGUCAGGAACUGGAAAACCCCAUUCCUUUAUGUGGCUCAGAAACAGCGGUUCUUCUUUGUUCUUGUCGGGAUCGCCAUUGCUGCUCUGUUUUUUAACUCGUUCCCUGUUUCGACGUCUUCGUUGUCUCAAGAACUGAGUGGUGGUGGUGGUGGUGCUGGUUUGAUUGCUGGUUCGGUCAGUGGUUUGGGAGCUGAGUCGAGUGAGGUGACUCGGAGGGUGUUGUAUGAAGCUUACACCGAAGGUUUUCGAGGAAGGAACGUGGCGGCGGCUGGUAAGGUGCCGUUGGGGUUAAAGAAGAAGAACUUGAGGAUUGUGGUGACUGGCGGAGCUGGUUUCGUGGGGAGCCACCUUGUGGACCGGCUGAUCGCGAGGGGGGACAGUGUGAUCGUAGUGGAUAAUUUCUUUACGGGGCGUAAAGAGAAUUUGAUGCACCAUUUUGGGAACCCCAAGUUCGAGCUUAUAAGACAUGAUGUGGUUGAACCGAUUCUGUUGGAAGUUGAUCAAAUCUAUCACUUGGCUUGCCCUGCUUCCCCUGUUCAUUACAAGUUCAACCCUGUCAAGACCAUCAAGACCAAUGUGGUGGGAACAUUGAACAUGCUAGGGCUUGCAAAAAGAGUUGGUGCCCGUUUCUUGCUAACCAGCACCAGUGAGGUCUAUGGUGAUCCUUUGCAGCAUCCCCAGGUUGAGACCUACUGGGGCAAUGUCAAUCCCAUUGGUGUACGGAGUUGCUAUGAUGAGGGCAAACGGACCGCGGAGACCUUGACAAUGGAUUAUCACAGAAGCCUCGGAAUCGAGGUGAGGAUUGCUAGGAUAUUCAACACAUACGGACCACGAAUGUGCAUCGAUGAUGGGCGUGUUGUAAGCAAUUUUGUAGCCCAAGCUUUAAGGAAAGAGCCAAUGACUGUCUAUGGCGAUGGCAAGCAAACCAGGAGUUUCCAAUAUGUUUCAGACCUGGUGGAGGGUCUAAUCCGGUUGAUGGAAGGUGAUCACGUAGGUCCUUUCAAUCUCGGAAACCCUGGAGAAUUCACCAUGCUCGAACUUGCCGAGGUGGUACAGGAAGCAAUAGAUCCCAAUGCAAAGAUAGAAUUCAGACCAAACACAGAAGAUGAUCCACACAAGAGGAAACCAGACAUUUCAAAGGCUAAACAACUUCUUGGCUGGGAACCAACCAUUUCCCUUCGCAAAGGCCUUCCUUUAAUGGUGUCUGAUUUCAGGCAAAGAAUCUUUGGUACCCCUAAAACACUAAUAGGCGGUGGUGCUACCGCUUAAUCCUCCUCCUCAUUAAUAUUAGAGUAAACAAAACAUUUAAGAUCAUACCUAUACCUCUAUAUUAAUUAGAACCUUCAUUUUUUUACUGCUUUUUAUAGGGAAAUAAUAAUAAUUAAUAAUAAAUU